AUGACAAUAUAUAAGCAAAAGAUUGGAUCAGCAAUUGUUGAUCCAGAAGAUUAUCGACAAAUUGUCGUGACUUUCGCUCGUGGAGAUCAAGCUAUCUUCCAUAAUAUCUGGCUCCGGGACAAUUGUCACUGUGACCAAUGUUAUUAUACUAUUACUAAACAGAGAUUACUCAAUUCCGCUAGUAUUAAUGAAGAUAUUGAAGCCAUCAGCUUUGAUAUUGAGAAUGAUGGUGAUUCUCUUGCCAUUGUUUGGGAUCAGGACAAUCAUUCCAGUGUGUAUGAUUCUCAUUGGCUUUUUUUGCAUGCAUAUCAACCAAAGCUUGUUCCUGCUAAACUUAAAUUAGUAGGAGAGGAAACAAAAUUAGCUCAAGUUCAUUGGAAAGUUGCCGAUAUAAAGGACAACUUACCUCGAGUAGACUUUAAUGAAAUUAUCAAAUCUAGUGAUGACACUGAUGGUGAAGAAGCUAUCAGAGAUUGGAGUCUCAAGAUUUGGAAACAUGGAUUUACUUUGAUUGAUAAUGUUCCUGAAACUCCUGAAGAUACUGAGAAGUUAUGUGAGAAGUUGUCUUAUAUUAGACCUACUCAUUAUGGAGGAUUUUGGGAUUUCACCAGUGAUUUACUGAAGAAUGAUACGGCCUAUACUAACAUUGAUAUUUCUUCUCAUACUGAUGGAACUUACUGGUCAGACACUCCUGGUUUACAAUUAUUUCACCUUUUGUAUCAUGAUGGUGAAGGUGGUACUACUUCCUUAGUCGAUGCAUUCCAAUGUGCUGAGAUUCUCAAGAAGACUGAUCCUGCCAGUUAUGAACUUUUCACCAGAAUUAAAAUCCCUGCUCAUCUGGCUGGUGAAGAAAAGGUAUGUAUUCAACCAGAUAUUCCUCAACCUAUUUUCAAGCUUGAUGACGAAGGUAACCUUUUACAAGUGAGAUGGAAUCAAAGUGACAGAUCUACAAUGGAUCAAUGGGCCGAUCCUGCAGAUGUACCUAAAUUCUAUAGAGCUAUUCGUCAAUGGGUAUCGAUCAUUACUGAUCCCGCCAAUGAACUCUUUUAUCAAUUAAGACCUGGUCAAUGUCUUAUAUUUGAUAAUUGGCGUUGUUUCCAUUCCAGAACUGAAUUUACUGGUAAAAGACGUAUGUGUGGAGCUUAUAUCAAUCGUGACGAUUUUGUAUCUACUCUUAAGAUCUUGAAUCUUGGUCGUAAGGCUGUUUUGGAUUCAAUCUGA